GCUGGACUUACCUAUGGCUGGCAGUUGUGCCCCUGCCUCUCUACAAGGGCGAGCCCCUGUAUCAGAGCUGUUUGCCAGCAUGGAGUAUGGACCAGCCCCCGAAGCACCCGACGUGGCUCAGGCAUGGUUGGAAGCCCACAGUCGCAGUUUUGGCCAUUUCAUUGAUGGAAAAUGGGUGAAGCCAGAGGGCAGGUCAACCUAUGUUACUAAAAACCCUUCAACAGGCGAAGACUUGGCUGUCACUAUUCAAGGUGAGGAAGAGGAUGUAGACCUGGCAGUGAAAGCAGCAAGGAAGGCCUUUGAGCCCUGGAGCAAACUGCCUUGUCACGUACGAGCUCGCUAUCUCUACGUUGGUCGGAUACUCCGUAAAGCCACUGCAGGGACUGGCAAAAAGCUGUCCCUGGAGCUAGGAGGCAAAUCUCCUGUUAUAGUAUUUGACACUGCUGACCUGGACAGUGCUGUAGAAGGUAUCGUGGAUGCUAUCUGGUUUAACCAAGGGCAGGUGUGCAGUGCAGGGUCUAGGCUGCUGAUGCAAGAAUCUAUUGCUGAGGACCUGAUCAAAAGGCUGAAGCAGCGUAUGAGUCGACUUCGCCUUGGCGACAGUCUGGAUAAAACAAUAGAUUUGGGAGCUGUGGUGGACGAGACUCAGAGGAAGUCCAUUGAGGAGUAUGUAGAGGAAGCUCGGGCAGAAGGUGCAGAGGUUUACCAGGUCUGUGAUGCUAUUCCAAAGAAAGGAUUGUUCUACCCACCAACUCUGAUCACUGGUGCGAAUACAGUCUCCCGCUGUGUCACAGAGGAGAUCUUUGGUCCAGUCAUGGCUGCUAUGACUUUCAGAACUGCCAAGGAGGCUAUUGCACUUGGGAACAACACACCUUAUGGAUUGGCUGCUAGCGUAUGGACUGAAAACCUUUCUCUGGCUUUGGAGGUCUCACUGAGUUUGAAGGCAGGUACCGUAUGGGUGAAUGGACACAACAUGUUUGAUGCUGCAGCUGGAUUUGGUGGCUACAAAGAAAGUGGUUUUGGACGUGAUGGAGGAAAAGAGGGUUUGUAUGAAUAUGUUCGACCUGAAUGGGAGCAAAGGCCCCACCCUAAGCGCGACGACAUAAAUUUCAAGACUUUUGCUUCUUCCUAUGGAACGGAUGUGGCACCAGUACCUGGCCAGAAGGAUGUUAGCCAUCAUACUGUCCUCGUCAAUGAUGAACCAAUUCCUAGCGUAGAUCACACGUAUAAACUAUACUAUGGUGGAGCUCAGAAAAGGCCAGAUGGUAUGUACUCACGGCCUGUUUAUAACCAGACUGGGAAAGUUUUAGCCUAUGUGGCAGACAGUAACAGAAAGGAUGUGCGAAAUGCAGUCGAAGCUGCUCAUAAAGCUGCACCAGGUUGGGGAAAAAGAGCUGCCCAUAAUAGAGCACAGAUUGUUUAUUACAUGGCUGAGAAUCUGGAACUACGUCGAGAGGAGAUGGCCCACCGGCUCAGUGAUCUUAGUGGUGUCAGUGUUAUUGAAGCCUUAGAAGAGGUUGAUAUGAGUAUUAACAGGCUGUUUUACUGGGGAGCGUACUGCGACAAAUAUGGUGGCACUGUACAGGAAACUCUGCUGUAUGGUGCUACAGUGAUGAUCCGGGAGCCAGUUGGUGUAGUAGGUAUUGCCUGCCCUGAUGAAAACCCACUUUUGAGCUUUGUAAGCCUGUUUGCUCCAGCUAUAGUGAGAGGAAAUGUGGUAAUCAUGAUUCCCAGUGAGAAAUACCCGCUACCAGCACUCGAUUUUUAUCAGGUCUUUGACACAUCUGACCUACCUGGUGGUGUGGUGAAUAUUCUUACUGGAUCACGGGAUCACCUGGUCAAGUACCUUGUUGAACAUCAAGAUGUGCAGGCCAUGUGGUAUUUUGGAUCAGAGCAGGGAUCCAAAUUUGUAGAGUGGUCUUCAGCUGAAAAUUUGAAGCGGACCUGGGUGAACUAUGGAAUAAAGAGAAAAUGGUCUGAUCCCCAAGAAGGGUCUGGAGAAGAGUUUCUGUAUCAUGCUACUCAGUGCAAGAAUGUGUGGCUACCCAUGGGAGAGAUAUUUGCAAAUUAAAUCCUCCACCAACACUUUUCACCUUUUGGUGGAUGUUCUUUAGAACCAACAAUCAAAGACUUUAAAACUCAGGAUUCCAAUGUUAGAAAAUGAGACCUGAUGACUACAAGAAGCAAUUGUAGAGUUAACUUCUAUUGUCUAUUGAUGUAAUUAUAUUUUAAAAUAUACUGUACAAAAAUUGCACUUAAUUUGCAGUGUAUGUAAUUGUUCUGUACAUUGAACAGGAAAUAAGAAAAGACAUAUGGUGCCUUACCAACAGACGUACCCACGUGACUGGAAAGAGUAUUUCUAUAUGGUGCCAGUGUUAAUUAUAAUUUCCAGGCUGACAGCUAUGGGCUUUCCAAAAAUGACUUUUAAAUUAAAAAAUAUAAACUGUUCGUAGACAUGUGAGACCAAACUGUAGACGUGAGACCAAACUGAAUAUAUAUUAUUUUUAAUUUAAACAAGGCAGACGUUAUAGAAGGGGUGACAAAUGGGGGGGGGGGCUGAAUGGAGCAGUAACAUUUUCUUUCCAGUUCUUUUUGAUGUCUUAAUAAGUAGUGGUGACAUUUUUCCUAUCCUACAAGUAAAGCACUAAAACAAUUCAAUGAUUACUCAGCAGACACUGACUCAAAGAUGAUACUUGCAUCAUUUGAUUUUCUAUGCAUUCUGAACAAGCCUGUCACUUACCUUUCUAAAGAAUAAAACAUGGUUUUAAAAUAAA